CGACGACUGUACCUGCCCCGGCUCCCUCCCUCUUCCUCUCAUCCACCCCCACCGUCUCUCCGUCGAAGAUGUACACCACACUCGUUUCCACCGCCGCUCUCGUUUUCACGCUCGCUGUCUCUGCCGUCUCUGCGGAGUUCACCGUUAGCACCCCUCAGCUCAACCAGUGCGGUAGCGCCCAGAUCACCUGGUCCGAUGGCAAGGGACCCUACAACUUGGUCGUUGUUCCUGCUGAGGACCCUUGCGGCGACAUUCUCGCCGACCUCGGAGACCACAGCGGUGCUUCCAUGACCUGGAAGAACAUUAACUUUGCCGCCGGCACGAAAGUCAUGCUCUCCCUCGAGGACGACAACGAGGAUGAGGCUUGGUCGGGCGAGAUUACCAUUGGCGCCAGCGACGACGCGUCCUGCCUCGCUGUUGCCUCGUCGGCCUCGGGCUCUGCAUCCGUCGCGAGCUCCUCUACCGCCUCGUCCGACAGUGCGCGCACCACUCUCGUCGUUGGCGCCCAGCCCACCCACGCUGUCGCCUCGACCGCGGCAGCGGCCACCACCUCCCUCGCCGUCGCCGGUGCCGUUGGCAACAGCGGUUCUGACCCGCUCUCCUCCGGUGCGCUCUCGAUGCGCCAGCUCAGCACCCCCGUCGCGGCCUUCGGCGUGAUCGCCGCUGCGCUCGUCUUCGCGCUCUGAAUAUACCCUCUCUUUAUCCUUCUUUAACGAGAUCGCCCCAUUUUGUGUGUGAAUAGGGGUGUGUGCUGGCACACGGUGGCGGUCUCGGGUUCCGUUGUUUUUUUGCUGCUGUUCCUCGCUUUUAUUACCUAUUCCGCGCACAGAUGUGCGCUCCGCUGAUUGCUGUUGCGCAACCACCGUUGCCGGUCCGAGACUCGGCCUUGUUCAUACUUGACAAUUAGGGUGGAACGGCUGGGAGCCUUGGAUCUGGUCUUCAAUGCUCGACUCGAUUCGCGAUACCACACCCGUUGUUGUUACCAUUAUCUGAAAGUUGAAAUAUUUGGUCUGGAGUCUGCGCUGUUCCAGUGCUAUAGUUGCCUCUGUAUAGCCAAGCCACAACAAUAUACAGUCUGCGUCCUGCG